AUGAUCCUCAGGGCAGAGAACGUGCCCUCUCUUGUGUGGAGGCUGCUGGGCUGCUAUUUCUUCUGUGGCUGGGCUCUGGGAGGUUCACAGCCCCUUCACUCUCUGCCCCCUCUGUCCUCCCAAGCCCAGCCAGAAUCUGCACCCAUAUGGGUUCCCCCAGAAGGGGUAGAGGCAGCCUGGACUUUUCUGUACUCUGGAGAUGCUCAGCAGCUGUCAGGAGCUAACUGCAGUGAGCGCUACGAAGCCCAUGGGGCAAGAACCAGACCUGAGCUCCCUCCAGUCCUGCAGAGAGCAGCGGCCACCCUUGCCCAGGCCGCCAACUUCCUUAACAUGCUGCUGCAAGCUAACGACAUCCGCGAGUCCAGUGUGGAGGAGGAUGUGGAGUGGUACCAGGCACUGGUCCGCAGUGUGGCUGAAGGGGACCCAAGGGCAUACCGGGCUUUGUUGACCUUUAGCCCCCCACCUGGGGCCAGCCACCUGCAGCUUGCCCUACAAGCCACUCGAAUACAGGAGGAGACCAUCCUUCAGGACUUGUCUGGGAGCAGGGUGCAGGAGGAGAGCCCUGUUGGGAACCUGGACACCCCUGACCUGCAGAAGCGAGUGCUGACCAAUGACCUAAGGAGCCUUGGGAGCCCCAAAUGGCCACGUGGGGAUGGCUAUGUGGGGGAUAUAGAGCACGUAAGUCUGUCUCCUCCUUUCCUGGAAUGCCAACAGGGCCGGCUCCGUCCUGGCUGGCUUAUCACACUCUCAGCAACCUUCUAUGGACUCAAGCCAGACCUCAGCCCAGAAGUCAGGGGACAAGUGCAGAUGGAUGUGGAUCUUCAGAGCGUGGACAUCAAUCAGUGUGCCAAUGGCCCAGGCUGGUACUCUAACACACACCUGUGUGAUCUCAACAGCACCCAGUGUGUCCCCCUGGAGAACCAGGGCUUUGUUCUGGGUCGCUACCUCUGCCGCUGCCUGCCUGGUUUCUAUGGAGCAAGCCACUCUGGGGGGUUAGAGGAGAGCGCUACCCAGCCUACUGGACAAUUUGGGUCCCUGCAAGGUAGCUCUGGGAGGCUCCUACGAUGCCAGCCAUGUCCUGAGGGCUGCACCAGCUGCAUGGAUGCCACACCAUGCCUGGCAGAGAAGGCUCUGGCACUGCGGGCGGCGGUGCUGACCUGCCAGGCCUGCUGCAUGCUGGCUGUCUUCCUGAGCAUGCUGGUCUCCUACCGCUGCCGUGAGAGCAAGAGGAUCCGGGCUUCUGGGGUUAUCCUGCUGGAAACCAUCCUUUUUGGAUCUCUACUGCUCUACUUCCCUGUCUUCAUUUUGUACUUCAAGCCUAGUGUGUUUCGCUGCAUCGCUCUCCGGUGGGUCCGGCUGCUGGGUUUUGUCAUCGUCUACGGCACCAUUAUACUCAAGCUUUAUAGAGUGCUCCAGCUGUUUCUGUCUCGAACGGCCCAGCGGGGCCCACAUCUGAGCAGUGGGCGGCUGCUGCGGCGUCUGGGUCUGCUGCUGCUACUUGUGCUGGGCUUCCUGGUGGUGUGGACAUCAGGGGUCCUGGAGCGAGAUGCCCAACACAUGUUUCUUGUGACCCAAGGCCACACUCCCACUGGUCGCCACUUCUAUCUCUGUCACCAUGACCGUUGGGACUACAUCAUGGUUGUGGCCGAGAUGCUGCUUCUGUGCUGGGGUAGCUUCCUCUGCUAUGCCACCCGGGCUGUACCCUCAGCCUUCCAUGAGCCACGCUACAUGGGCAUCGCCCUGCACAAUGAGCUGUUGCUCUCUUCUGCCUUCCACACAGCCAGGUUUGUGCUGGUUCCUUCUUUGCACCCCGACUGGACUCUUCUCCUUUUCUUCUUCCACACCCACAGCACAGUCACGGCCACCCUGGCUCUGCUCUUUAUCCCCAAGUUCUGGAAGUCGGGGGCCCCUCCUCGGGAAGAGAUCGUGGAUGAGGUAUAUGAAGAUGAGCUGGAUCUGCAGCGUUCAGGCUCCUACCUCGAAAGUAGCAUCGCCUCAGCCUGGAGUGAGCGCAGCCUGGACCCUGGUGACAUUAGGGAUGAACUGAAGAAGCUCUAUGCCCAGCUGGAGGUCCACAAGACCAAGGAAAUGACAGCCAACAACCCCCACCUGCCCAAGAAGCCCCGCCCGGGGCUGGGCCGCUCGUUCAUCAGGUACCUGGCCGAGUUCCCCGAGGCCCUGGUGAGGCAGCACUCCCGGGAUUCAGGCUCUCCGGGCCGCAGCAGCCGCAGCAGCCUGCCUGGCUCCUCACGGCGGCGGCUCCUCAGCUUCAGCCUCCAGGACCCUGAGGGAGCUCAGGCCCUGCACAAGCCCCCCAGCACCCAUGACCACCACAAAGAGCAGGACCUGCCUCUGCUCGAUUCAAUGGUGAGGAGGAAGCUGGCCCAGAGGAGGGCUGAGAGCCGAGAAAGCCGAGAAUCAGUGGAGGGACCCCCUGUCCUUGGCUUCAGGUCUGCUAGCGCCCACAACCUCACAGUGGGAGAGAGGCUGCCCAGAGCGCGGCCCGCCUCUCUCCACAAAUCGCUCAGUGUCGUGGCUGGCUCCCGGGAAAAGGCCCUGCUUGUGGCCAGCCAGGCUUACCUGGAGGAGUCCUAUAGACAGGCGAAGGAGCGAGAGGAGCGAAAGAAGGCAGAGGCGGCGAUGGCGAGCCCAGGGCGAAGGCCAUCAACGAGGAGGCUAGAGCGAGCUUGGGGUGGCCCCCUGUCAGCCCCACCUUCCCCAGCCAAGAGCAGCAGUGUGGACAGCUCCCACACCUCUAGGCAGCUUCAUGAGGAGUCGGGGAGACAGCUGCCUCACCCACCCAUCAGGCACCAGGUCUCCACACCCAUCUUGGGCCUGCCUGGGGCCUGGCUGGGAGAGCCAAAGAUGUUGUCACCGACCUCCACUUUGACUCCAGCUCUGAUGCCAGCUCCGGUCCUGCCACCAGCCCCUGCCCUAGUACCUGUCCUAAUACCUCCUCAAAGUCCCAGCUUGCUCACCUACAUCUGCCCCUGGGAGAAUGCUGAACUGCCAGUCAAAAAAGAAAAUGUGACCCAGGAAGGCCCCUCAGGGACAGAGCAAGGCAAUCACCUCCCUGGCCCUGCUCGGACGAGGAUCUGGAGGGCCCUCUCAGUGGCAAUAGAGAGAAAGGCGAGUGGGGAGAAUGAAAUGGACACAGAAGACAGGGGUCUCCAGGGGGAAGCUGAGGACAUGGAUGGGGACAGGCCCAAGAUUUUCUCUAAAUCUCACAGCCUCAAGGCCCCUGUUCAACAAGGUUCUGUUCGCAGCCUGGGACUGGCUAUCAAAGCUCUGACCCGUUCUCGGAGCACAUACCGAGAAAAGGAGAGCGGGGAAGAGGGCCCUGAGAAAGGGAGGAAGGACAGAGCUCCAGGAGAGGGUGUGGGGGCUUCCCCCAGAUCUCCCAGGGUGGGCCGGCCCAAGGCAGUGAGUAAGCAGGCUGCCCUUGAGCCCUGUGAUGAUGAGGAGUCCCUCCAGAACCAACAGAAUGCUCACACCAGCAAGAUGCUCCAAGUCUGUCACCAGGAGGACAGAGGCAAGAGGACAGCCCAGGACCUGGGGGAGGGGAAAGCUGAGAAAGCAGGUAAAACGGGGCUCACCACACUGAGGCAGGGUAGGCAGAACACAACUGGGGACAAAAGUGCUGAACAAGUCAAAGAAGACCCUGGGGGAGGGCGGGAACAGCCUAAAGCUGGUCUCCAGUCCCUGGGCACUGCUCCCCACAAGGUGGCAGAGGUGUGCCCCUGGGAACUUGCCAAGGCAGAAAUGUGUCCUCCUGCCAGUGGCAACAAGGUUGAAAUCUGUCCCUGGGAGAUGAGUGAAGGAAGCCUUGAGAUGGGAGCCCUGAAACAGAAUCUAAAAGACAGCUCCCAGGAAGAGAAGGGGAAAGUCCCAGAAAAACCAGGGCCCAAAGACGUGGUUGCCAGUGCUCAGAAAAAGCCAGAGAGGCUGUUCAGGGGGCAGGAGGCAGUGUGUUCCUGGGAGGGUGUUGAUCCUGAGGUAUUGUCCCCUCAGCCAGCCACUCAGGGCACUGAUAGAAGCAAGGGCAGGUUUGAGGCAGCGGGCAGUGGGGAGGCUAGGGAUGUGGUAAUGUGUCAGUUCAAAGUCACUGAUCCAGAGGCUGAUAAAGCUGACAAGGCCGAAGUAGAGCUCUGUCCCUGGGAGGUGUGUGAGGGGGAGAACAAGAAACCAGCCCAGGAAGUAGUGAAGGCACUUCCCCAGGAAAAGCAGAAAACCCCCAAGAAAGCAACCAUUUGGAAAGAACAGAAACUAGAGUGGGAGUCUCUCUGCCCAUGGGAGAGUACAGACUUUCGGGGUCCCUCAGCAGUCUCGACUCAGGUCUCAGAAACUCCAGAGUAUGUAGGGAGUCUGGGAAGUGGCGUCACCGAGGUGUGUCCAUGGGAGGCAGGAGAUACUCUUGCUACCAGGAAAGCAGAGCUCUGUUCUAGGGAGCUGGACACUGAGAAAAUGGGAAAAGGAAGAGAGAGUGAGGGGACAAACAGGGAAUCUCUGCAGGAAAAGAGAAAAGACUCUAGAAAUGGAAGUUCCGGAGAACUGGAGGAACAUGCUGUGCAAAGAGUGCAGAAAUUAAGUAACCAGCAGGAGUCUGUGCAUUCCUGGGAGGACAUAGGCCCUGGACACUCCAGCUCCAGUGUAGAUGGAGUCUCCUCCACAGCAGAAGGCCAAUUCCUCAGUGCUGGAGGAAACAGAGUACUGCAGGCAUGUACCAGGGAAGACAGCAAGCCAGAGGUAAAGGAAGCCAGACCUGCUAAAGCAGAAAUAUGUCCCUGGGAGGCAAAUGAAAGAGCAGAGGACUGGACAUUGGGACAGGCUCCAAAAGAAGGCAAACCUCAAAAGAACCAGGAAAAAAUGCCUGCACAACCAGGAAUCAAAGCAGCAGAUGUCACAGCUUGCAAAGAGCAUGAAGGGCAGAUCCCAGGCCAGGAAGCAUUAUGUCCCCGGAAGAGCAUGGACCCUGGCAGUGACCCCUCACAGCCAUGCUCUCGAGACACUGGUAAACCCAAAGACAGUGUCCAGAUUUUAGACAGUGUGGGAGGUAAAACUGCAGACAUCUGUCCAUGGGAGGUGGAUGAGGCCCUCACUGCAAAGGCAAACAUCUGCCCCUGGGAGGUAAGUGCUAGCAUGAUGCAGGAAGGGACUUUGGGAACUGAGGCCAUUUGGAAAUUCCCAAAUGAUACAGAAAAAGUUUCUGGAGAUUCUGGGCCCAGGAAGCGAGCAGCCACCACUCCAGAGAAGCCAGAGCAGCAGCUACCUCAAAAAAGUGAGGUAGUUUGCCCCUGGGAAGGUUUGGAUCCUGAGGGUGCAUCCCAGCAGUCACAUGCUCUGGACACCUCUGCAUCGAAAGCUGGACCCCAGGACUUGGGCAGUGUCGGGUGCAGGCCAGCUGAAGUGUGUCCCUGGGAGGUGGAGGAAGUGCCUACCACGAAUAAGGCUGAGGUCUGUCCCUGGGAAGUGGAUGAAGGAUUGACAGAGAAGGGACGAGAACAGGAGAUGGAGAAUGAGUCAACAGGGCAGAGAAAAACACUAGCAAAACUCCCUUCCCUGCGAAAAGACGUGUCAAAAUGGGAAGCAAAAUCAAGUCAGGAGCAGGAAACUGUUUGUCCGUGGGAGACCAUGGACUUGAGUAGCAAAGUGGGGGAGGGGCAUGCCUCAAAAGUGAGUGAUGACAAAGUAGAGAAAGGGGGUCUGAGGCAACACCCAAAUGACUCCCUUCUGGAACACAUGGGGACUCCCGAAAAAGCUGCAUGUUCCAAAGCAGAACACGAAGGGAAAAAUAUAAGCAAAGAGCUGCAAUCUGUCUGUCCAUGGGAGGGCUUGGCUCCAGGGGGCUUAUUCUCCCACCCAGACAAACCGAAUGCUGGCUCGUGGGGGCAGGUCAGUGUUGAGGGCAGGGUUGCUGAAGUGUGCCCUUGGGAUGCUCUGGACCCAGAUGCUUGCAAUGCCAAGGCCCAGAUCUGUCCCUGGGAGGAGAUUGAGCAAAUUCCUGAGAAAGGGGUAUCAAGACAAGAUGGGAAAGAGGUAUCUCAAGACAAGCGGAAAGCCAUAGACAAAUCAGAGCCCAAAGAUGUGGCAGUUCAGAAAAAGCAAGAGAAAGCAGACGGGAAGCAGGAGGCUGUUUGUCCCUGGGAGAGUCAAGAUUGUGAAGGUCUAUCUCUACAACUAGCCCCACAAGCUUCUGACAGAGGCAAAGGCAGUUCUGAGGCAGCAGGUGGUGUGGGGGCCAGGAUAGCAGACGUGUGUCCGUGGGAUGCAGAAGAGGUUCCCUCUGUCAAGAAAGUUGAGAUCUGUCCCUGGGAGAUGAGUGAAGGAGCAGCAGAGAAAGGGGGACUGAAGCAGAAGGCACAGGGAGAUUCACAAGAGCAAGGAGAGAAGUUCCUUCAAAAAGCAGGCUCUGAAAGGUCUAAGGAACACUUUUCGGUACAAGGUGAAAAACUCAGUGGGGACAUGGAGACAGUCUGCCCAUGGGAAGGCACAGGUUCAGGGGGGCUCUGCCUCCAACCAGAUGCUCUGGACACUGAGCAUCCCAAACUCAGUUCUCAGGGGGCACAUAGUCAGGGGAGUUCAGUGGAGUUGUGCAGAUGGGAAGUCACAGAUCCUGAAGGAAAUAAAAUAAAGGGUACCAUGGCAGAAAUCUGUCCAUGGGAGGGAACUGGUACCAUAUCUGACAAAUGUAGCCUCCUGGCUUUAACAGCAACUCAGACAGAAAUAUUCACCACCACUGCUCAGGAGAGACCACCCUGCCUUUCAGUUCACAGACCUCUAGAAAGCUUCCUUCCACAAAGCAAAAGCCCUCAUCCUGAGGUGAGCAGACUAGACGGUACUUCUACUCUGACAGGUGCCAGAGAAUCCCAAGGCCCUCUGGGGCUUAGGCCAGGAACCACCUUAGCCCCAGAGCCAAGUGUCCAAGAAGCUGCGACUCAGAAGUCUUCCUCCUUAACUGAAGAGCAAAAAGAAACUGUCUCUAAAACUCAGUCUGGAGACUUUACCCUUCCAAAUGUCUAUCCAUGGGAUUGGGAAUAA